CUAUUAUGAGAACCAUCUUUUCUCUUCAAAUAUGUAUGUGGAUUAAUAAAACAUCAGGGCAAUGUCCUGACUCCGGCGAUGGCCACCACUGGAUUGCUGUUUGGUUGGGUUGGAUGAUCGCGCGCCCCACACCAUAUCCGACUCCUCCCCGAGCGCAGUUCAGUGUAAAGAUGGCGUCCAUCAUGGAGGGGCCGCUGAGUAAGUGGACUAACGUCAUGAAAGGUUGGCAGUAUCGUUGGUUUGUGUUGGAUUACAAUGCCGGCUUGCUGUCAUACUACACGUCUAAGGACAAGAUGAUGCGAGGCUCAAGAAGAGGCUGUGUUCGUCUCAGGGGCGCUGUAAUCGGCAUUGAUGACGAGGACGACAGCACAUUCACCAUCACCGUGGACCAAAAGACUUUCCAUUUCCAAGGUCCAUCCUGACGGUGCCCUGGGUGGAGCUGGGCGGCGAGUGCAGCAUCGUCUGCUCCAAGUCGGGCUACAGCGCCAACAUCGUGUUCCACACCAAGCCCUUCUACGGCGGCAAGAAGCACCCAUCACGGCGGACAUGCAGAGUCUUAAGACUAUGAACAAGAGAGUUGAACGGCGU